UCACAGGACGCAGUAAAAACUCCGACACACGCCGCCUCUGUUAAUGUUGCGUACAGGUGCGGGACUGUGGACACCGACAUCCUCCAGACACCGCCGGACCCCACUGAUUCCCCCCGAAUACUGACUCCGUCCUGCCGCUAGGAUUUCACUGUGGAUGUCUCCUCCAUCCUGGUAUCGGACCACAUUCAACAGCGCUGCCAUGCCGAGUCUGCGACACUCGUACACGGUGACGGUACCGGAGGAACCGGCCGCUUUCCCCCUGGACAAACACGAGCUGCAGCGGAAGAGCCCGUCGUUGUCCCGGUCCAAGCUGGUGUCCACGUUCAUGGGUCUGAUCAUCAACCAGGCCAAGCACAAGAGUCCUCAAGGCCUGGUGGGACUGAGGAACCUGGGCAACACGUGCUUCAUGAACUCGAUCCUGCAGUGUCUCAGCAACACGCCCGAGCUGAGAGAUUACUGCCUGAGAAACGUCCACCGCACGGACCUCAACAACAACUGCAGGACCAACGCUGCUCUCAUGGAAGAGUUUGCAAAGCUGACUCAGAGCCUGUGGACUUCUGUGAACAACGAGGCCAUCAGUCCCUCUGAUUUCAGGAGCCAGAUCCAGAGAUACGCUCCCAAAUUCGUGGGCUGCAAUCAACAGGACGCCCAGGAGUUUCUGCGCUGCUUAUUGGACGGUCUCCACAGUGAGGUGAACAGAGUGACGGUCCGCCCGAAGGUGUCCGUCGAGGACUUUGACCACCUCUCGGAUGAAGAAAAGGGCAAGCGGAUGUGGAACAUGUACCUGGAGAGAGAGGACAGCAAAGUAGUUGAUCUGUUCGUGGGACAGCUGAAAAGCUCUGUGACCUGCACCGUCUGCGGCUUCCGCUCCACCGUGUUCGAUCCGUUCUGGGACCUGUCGAUACCUGUCGCACAGAAGAGCACGGGUGAAGUGACUCUCAAAGACUGCAUGAGGCUCUUUACAAAAGAGGAUGUUUUGGACGGAGAGGAGAGACCGACCUGCAACAGAUGCAAAGCCAGAAGGAAAUGCACCAAAAGAUUCAGCAUCCAGAAGUUCCCUCAGAUCCUCGUGCUUCACCUGAAGCGUUUCUCCGACUCCAACAACCGAGCCAGCAAACUCUCCACUUUCGUCAACUUCCCCCUCAAAGAGCUGGACCUGCGGGAGUUCGCCUCGGAGAGCAGCGAGCGCGCCGUGUAUAACCUGUACGCCGUGUCCAACCACUCCGGGAACGCUCUGGGCGGCCAUUACACGGCCUACUGCAGGAACCCGGCGCUGGGGGAGUGGUACAGCUACAACGACACCAGGGUGAGCCCCGUGUCGUCCAGCCAAGUUCGCAGCAGCAACGCCUACGUCCUCUUCUACGAACUGGUCCCCUCCCCACACAGCAAGUAUCAGACGUGUCGGCUUUAGACGCCGCUGCGGAGGAGUGAUAAGCGGCUCGGCCUCAGAAGAGGAGCCUGACACUGCCUGCUGCGAGAGAGAGAGAGAGAGAGAGGGAGAGCUCCCCCUAGUGGAGAGAGUACUGCCAUUACAGACUGUGAAUGUGGAGCACAAAAGAGAAAACAAAACGCCGCCUUGACCUCCUCCUCGAGGUGGUUACGAGGGGGAAAGGGUGAAAGCACACACUGCGCUUCGGGGUCUCAAGCCGAGCUCCGAAGUUUAAUCAACACCGAGAAAAAGUACUAAUUUCAUUGCCGCAGAGGUGUGAAAAUUCAGCUCAAGGCACAGCUGUGAGUAAGAGGAGUUCAUCUCCGCUUCUUAUUUUCACACCAAAACGUUAAGCCGCUGUGCCCGGACCUGAAUCUGCACCCACUCGAGUGGAUUUUCCUUUGUUUUUGCACUUUGAACACGGACUAUUAUAACGCGAGGACAUUACAGACACUCGGAAAAUGCCUCGCACACGACUGCAAGAUGUAAUUUAUUGUAUUUAUCAUAACGCCGCUAACUGUAUAUGUCAUUAAAAGCAGCCUUAUGGGUUCCUCUCACUGAUGCAGAGAGGACGUCUUUUCUGUCAAAGAAAGCACAUUUUAUUUUUGUACAGUAUUUAUGUGCAGCGCAGUGAAUGUAACUGUACUGGGGGGAAGCCAGACGCACCAAAGCAGCUGUGUGAAACUGCAUCAACAACACUUCUUCUUCUUCUUCCAGCAAUAAUGUCGCUGACUUUGCAUCUAAGUCAGUUCAGAGUCUAUAAAUGAUUAAAAUUCAAUGUUGACUUGCA